AUGAAUGGAAUUAGCGUCGAUAUGAACCACCUGAAGAAGGGUGAAGUCAAUCUCGGAACAUCCAUUAUGGCUGUGGUAUUUGACGGUGGUGUCAUUUUGGGUGCCGACAGUAGAACUACAACUGGAUCUUUUAUUGCCAACAGAGUCACUGACAAGCUCACAAAAGUCCACGAUAAGAUUUGGUGCUGUACGUUUUUCAAUAGAAAUUCACCUCUGAUUAAUACUGACAGAAUAUAUAGAUCUGGAUCUGCCGCAGAUACCCAGGCAGUCGCCGAUAUUGUCAAGUACCAUCUGUCUCUCUACAGCGCACAGAAUAACCGGGCACCGACCCCUCAAAUUGCAUCGGCUGUGUUCCAAGAGCUGUGCUACAACAAUAAGGAUAACCUGACUGCUGGCAUCAUUGUUGCCGGGUUCAACGAAUCGACAGGUGCUGGCGAGGUGUACAGCGUACCACUGGGUGGUAGUAUACACCAAGCAGAAUAUGCAAUUGCUGGUUCCGGAUCUUCUUACAUUUACGGUUACUGCGACCAAAAGUUUAAGUCUGGCAUGACCAAGGAGGAGGCCAUCCAGUUUGUCAAGACAUCACUGGCUGAGGCCAUCAAGUGGGAUGGCAGCUCUGGUGGUGUCAUCCGCAUGGCCAUAUUGACUGCGGGUCCCACGGAACGUCAUGUCUUUUACCCGGAGGAGUACCGGUCUGAGUAUGUCAACCAUUAUUAG